UCAAAAGAAAACACUACGUCCCUAUUUUUAUUUAUUUUUAUUGAAUAUACAUCCCUAAUUAAUAUUGCAAAAAUAAUCGAAGGAAGGAGAAGAUGGAAUGCUAUAAUCCAAGCAAUCCAUUAGAAUUACCAGAUGCCGAUGAAGAAGAACAUUUAGCACGCACGUACUUCGAUGUUGAGGUCGAUUUCAUGGUUCAUCCUGGUUACCGCACAGACGACAGGUUUAUCGGUAUCCGACACACCGCACUUUCCGCUAUUGUUAAGUACACUUGCGAUCAAAAUGACGCUUUCGUGCCUUAUCUUGCCAUCAAUUAUGUUGAUCGUUUCCUGUCAACAAACAUCAAUAUACCGGUGAUUCUGAAUGGCCAAGGUGUUAAACGAAAUGUGGAGCUAUUUGCUUUCUCUUGCGUUUCAAUUGCUUCCAAGAUACGCUCUUCAGACUUCUCCGUCUCUGACUUAUUGAAGCACCAACUGGCGGAAUUUAAGGAUGAUGUUGAGAUUAUGGAGCUUCAUAUUAUGGAAGGUCUGAAUCAGAGGGUGAGGCCAGUUACAGCCAUAACCUUUAUGUAUCUCCUUCUUCCCGGGCUUCUGAUAAAGGAAGUUCAGCAGCAACCUUUUCCAACAACCUUUGCUGCUCGUAUAAUUUUUCAAAUUCAUAAAGAUAUAAGAUUCACCGAGUUCAGGCCUUCGACACUUGCAGCAUCAGCUAUAUUAGCUAGUACUUACGAGAGACUUCCCGGGUCUCACUCUCAGUUCUUAAAAAAGAUAUCUAGCUCCAGCGUUGUUAUACAGUCUGAAGUGUAAGAAUGCUUUAAAAUAUUGAACGGAGAUGCUUUACCUGCUGCAGAUCAUAUACCCAAUCCUGACCUACGCCCAAAGGUGCCGAAGUUUAAAAAAAACUACAGGUGCCGCAGUAUCGGAAGGAGCAAAGCGGAGAUUGCAGAAUGGCUGAAAGGAGACGAGAAGAUAGAAAUGGUUGUUGGCUCCAUUCUGCCCGAAAGCAAAGAAAGACCUUGGAACAGGAAAGGUAAUUAGGAGGCUUAGGAGUUGAAGGUGCAAGAGCAAGUCCCAAAUAGCUGAAGGGUGUUCACUGAAGAUUUUAUUUAUUUUUAUAUAGUACUUAGAUAAUGCAUGUUCCCGUCAGAACCUUAUAUGUAAUUAUGGGUUGUUUCAUGAAGGAAAUAUCUGAGAGUUCUUGCUUGUAAA